AUGUCGACUCCUGACCCGCUCGCUCAAGGCGGUCACUCCGACGCCAUGGACAUCGACCAGCCCAAGAAGCGCGAUGCCGACAGUCUCUUCGUUCAUGAGGAUGAAGAAGACGAAGCUGGACACAACUCCAAGCGCCAGAAGCAGAAUUUCGACAGCGCCUAUGCCUCUCAAUCUCAGGGCGGAACUCCUGAGCAGAACCAUGACAGCGCUCCUCAAUCUCCACCCAAGACCCCAUCUCGCAAGCACAAGUCUACAAUCAUCAUCGUCGAUGGAAAGGUCCCAGGCUUGAAGCAGUGGCUAGGCGACCGGCGUCCAUGCCUUGCUGUGUACCAUCCAUCCUUCAAGCAGUCUGAGAAAGAAGCCACCCAGGCGUGCAACCGUUUCAUCGACCAACAUGCCUUUCUCAAGGACAAAGGCUACUGCAACGCCGAGGUCGACCACAUCGUUCACUCCAGGCUUCCCAAGUUUCGCUUCCCAGCCUCCAGCUAUCCGGUCCCUAAGCCUGUCGUACUCUUAGGCGCUGCAGGUGCCGGCAAGUCCUCUGGCUUGAAUUGCUACUUGGACAAGACCGCCGUAGCCGUCGAGAGCGAUUCUGGCGCCCGCGGGACGAAGACUGUUCAUGAGUACUCUACGGCUUGCCAUGAUCAAAAUUCGAAAUAUCGCGUGGUUGCCCGUUACGCCCCGCUUAAGCAAGUCCAGCUCGAAGUAGAGAAGCAUUGCAGUGCUGUCGUCAAUUGGAGGCAGCGCGAGAAAGGCCAGUUCGAUGCAGAGGAGGAGGAUGACAUGAAGAAGCAGCACGACACCGCGAUGGACUUCUUCAACACCUUGCUCGGCGACCGCGAGGAUUUCGAUGUCGACCUCGAGGAUACUGAUUACUUCGAAGACAACAGUGGCGAGGAUGUGCCUGACCUCGCUGACGAGCUAUGCGGGUAUAUCCUUGAGCUCCUCGAGAGCAAAGGUGUUGUCGGAAACGACAUGACCCAAAGCCUGGAGGCGGAAGACGAGGAGGAGCUGAACAGAAUCUUCACGGCACUUUCAGGGCCUGCGGGGAUGAACGACAUCUCGCGUGGGAAAGUCUCUACCUGGCCACUCAUCUCCAAGAUCGAGAUACACCUGUCAAACAACGUCCUCGAUGACGGUGUGAAGAUCGCGGACGCUCCUGGAGUUACCGACACGAAUCACACCGUUGUGCAGAAGACGAAGGACUACCUGAAGGAAGCUGGUACGAUCUUCGUCUUCACCACGCCCACCCGUGUCAAGAACAAUCCCGACCUCGACAAGAACCUGACUGAGUGCAUUCACCUGGGCAAGAUGCAGAGCACUUAUCUUAUCGUGACCAACAUCGACGGCAAGACAUCGUUCAAGCAGACCGAUCUCGCAAACCUACGCGCCGAGGACAGAGCCCAAUAUCAGGACGCCGAAGACCGCCUGCACAAUCUGAAGCACGAGCAUAUUCGCCUGAUGGAGGCGAAGAAGUCGGAAUCUGAUUUCGAUGAAUACAAAGCCCUCGAAGCCCGUGGAGACGAGGUCGCACUCGAAAUCAAGCAGGCGGAGAUGAAGAUUCAGCAAGUGGCAGUCGAGAUACGCAACAGGAGCAUCGAGCUUAUGGUGAAAAACAAAUUCCGAGAACUGGAAGGAUCAAAGAAUGCGCCAGACCUCAAGGUCAUCUUCACUUCGAACUCCGAGUAUCAGAAGCAUCUCACUGGAUACGACGAGAACAGUCUCCCAAUUCUGGACCGUGAGGCCACCGGCAUCCCCAAAGUCCAGGAUGUGCUCUACCGUGUGCCGGCCAUUGGGAAAACUCACACACUUGGCCGCUUCAUCGAUGUUCACCUUCCUGGCGUCUUCAACGGCAUCAUCGGGACGUUGACGAAGUCGAGCCUGGAGAGGAAGUCGGAGGUCGCUACGUUGAUCAGGAAUCACUUCGACGAAGUGGAGGCGAUUGUCGGGCGGAUCUUGGCUGAGCUGAACUCGAGCUACCAGGAUCAUAUCAGGGGAGCUUUCCUUGCGAACCACGCGAAGUGGGUGGCCGCCAUUCAAGCGAAGCUUGAGGGAUGGAGCACGUACAAAGCCGCGACCUUUACUGCGUUUUGCAGGCGCAAGGGGGUAUGGAAAGCUUUGAAGGAUGAACCCUUCAGCAACUGGAACUACGAGAUUCAGGAAGUCUACCGAGCAAAGCUGAACGGCGGUUUCAAUCUGGUGGAUGCGGACCUCGACGCGACCGAAUCUGGGCUCAUCAACUCCAUCAACACCCUGUUCCAGGACCUCGAGAGGAAGCUGGAAGCCUGCGAGGGUCUUCAGGGUGUCAACCCCAAGCCUCUGUUUAGGCAAUUCCGUGUAAUCAGGGAUGGCCUAAUCGACGAUGUGACCGAGCACUUCCAGAUACUGUUGAAAGACAAGGCCAGGGAGAUUCGCAACUCCGCCACGCUUCGCUCCGAAUACACUUGCAUCACCGACAUCAUGGACUCCACCUACACGAAAUGCGCGGAGCUGAAGGCGGCAGAUGUCCCUCCUGCGGAUCCAAUGCCAUCGAAGAGUGCUUCGAAGACUGCUCCAGCGCCUGCGAAGACUGCUCCAACGCCGCUGAAGAGCACUGGGAAGACCGGAACGGCCAAGCCGAAGAAGAAGAAGGGUGGAGUGCACGCCGUUCGGGUGGAGGAGCUACGCAAGAAGCUCGUCGGCGAUGGAGGCGUCACUGGAGUCUACGAUACGCUCGGCAAGGAACUCCGCACCUGCUUUACAGCCCUGAUCAAGAACUACGAAGAGAAGUUGAAGGACGACCUCGCGUCUGCGUCCGAGAAGGUGCUGGAGGACUUCGACUUGCGCUAUCAGACCGCGGCUCCGACGACUGAGGAGGAUGCAGAGGCUGUGGAGAUGCUGAAGAACGAGGCUCAGAUUGCGCUCGAGAGCAUCGAGAGAGCCAAAGCGCUUUAUGAGGAGGCUAUGGCAUACGAGACUGAGAAUGCUGCUUCGGCAUGA